GGUGGGGGGAGGGUUGGGGGAGGCAUGGCGCUGGCGGGGUCCCCGGGGGGUGCGGGCUGGACCUGGCGGCCGGUGGCUCGGGACGCGCUGCUGGCGAGAGCCUUCCACUCGUGCACUGAGCUGCAGGGCCGCUUCUACCUGGUGGGGGGCCUCCCGGGCGGGGGGGCGACAGAGCCGAGCGGCGACACAGUGGUCUUCGACCCGGCGGCGGGACAGGCCGUGCAGCUGGGCGCCCGGGGCUGCCCGCGGCGCAGCCACCACGACGCGGCGCCCGUGGGCGGCCGCUGGCUCUGCGUGGUGGGGGGCUGGGACGGGGCGCGCCGCCUGGCCACGGUGGCCGCCCUGGACACGGAGCGCGGAGUGUGGGAGGCGUGGAGCGCGGCCCCCGGCAGCCGGUCCCCCGCCGGCCUCAGCAGCCACACCUGCACCCGCCUCUCGGACCGAGAGCUGCGGGUGGCGGGCCGGGAGGGCGGGACCCGCACUCAGCGCCGCUACGGAAGCAUCUACACGCUGAGGCUGGACCCCGGCACCCGCACCUACUGGCCCGAACUUCUGCACACCCCCAGCUAUAAGGAAGAGGGCUGCCACACGGCCUCCCGCUCGGGUCACUGCGCCGCCCUGCUCCCGACCUCGGGGCACCCCCCAGCUCACCAGCUGCUUCUCUUUGGGGGCUGCAACUCCGCGGAACCGGAAGUAGCAGGGCACUGGGGUCCCGGGAAAAUUAAGGAGGAACCACCUGCAGCGCCCCGUUUGAUGGAACAGCUUGCCAGGCUUGUGAGCACGGGGCAGGGCUCCCGGCAGGGGCCCCGGGGCCUGCGGCAUCACUCAUGCUCUGUGGUGGGGCCCUUCGCUGUGCUCUUUGGUGGAGAAACUCUGACCAGGGCCAGAGACACCAUCUGCAAUGACCUCUACGUCUAUGACACCCGUGAGGGGCGCUGGUGGAGGGGGGCAGAAGGCAAGUCCCCUUCUCUGUGGUUCCACUUCCCUAGUGCAGACCACGGGCUGAAACGUGUGGGCCAUCGGACCUGCCUUUGGAACGAUCAGCUUUACCUGGUUGGGGGUUUUGGUGAGGACGGGAGGACACCGAGGCCACAGGUUUGCGUCCUGGACCUAUUUAUCUAAAGAGCAGUGCCAAGACACAAGCCUCUGCUUUGUGGCAAACUCAUAAAGCAUCAUCCCCAGGAGCUAUCUGCCUCACUUCAAAUGCUUAUUAAAUUUCAACCUGAGAGU